AUGGAACGUAUUCUUCUUGCUGUUCAAUAUCCAAAUUUAGGUGAACUUAAACUUUUUAAUUUCAAUCAAGAAAUUGCGUUAAAUUAUUUUACAAAUGAAUCAUCUCUUCGAUAUAUCUCUCAACAACAAAUUACACAUCUUGUUCUUGCAAAUAAUGACAAAGACAAUAUGAUACAAUCACCAGAAAACUAUAACAGAAAUGUAUAUGGACGUAUAUUGAAGUUCUUUAAAAAUUUAAAACAUUUUAGUGUUAUCGAAACAUUCAAUCCGUCAUAUCCACCUUUAUCACUCUGUCAUUUACCAUCAACUAGCUUUUUUUCUUCAACUCUUACUUUUUAUCUAAGAAAAAAUCAACGAGUAACAUGUCGAACAUCUCAAUGA